CGGCACUGACAGCGGGCGGAGGGCGGGAGGCAGCGGGCCGGGCCCCCGCUAUUAGUACCGGCCCUCGGCGGAGCCCGCCUCAGAGCGGAGCCCGCCUGGAUCCCCCGCCGUCUCCCAGCGCCAUGCAGGGGGUUAAACCCGCCGCCUUCCUCCCGCUCCUCCUCCGCCUCAGCGUGUUGCUGCUGCCGCCGCCGGCGGGCGCGGAGCGGGAGCUGAGCCCGGGCAGCCCGGCGGCCGCGGGGGCGGCGCGGGUGGCUCUGCACCACCUCAACUUCCAGGCGGGCUCCCCCGGAGCGCUGCGGGCGCUGGGGCAGGUCCGCAAGGCCACGCUGAAGAGCAUCCCAGACUCUGGCCACAAGUAUUACCUGCAGUUCACUACCGAAGACUACAGAACCGGGGAAAAUGCUGGGAGCUGCCUCGCUACAGUGUUGUAUCCGAAGACAAAGUCUCCUCCUGUCGUCAACAUCAAGUGCACGGACACCAAAGACCAGAAGCAAAUCCAAGAAGAGGACAACAGACUUUACCAAAAAAUUAGGAGCCAAACCAAACCGAUAAUUGGAAACAAUAUUCCAGACAGCUAUGGAAAUAUCGAACCUGCCCUGGAGCCAGCGUGGGCUUUGGCUGUUGCCGGCAGCAGUUACAUGAUGUGGGAAAAGUCAGCGGAGAACCUGGGUUACUUCAUGGCACAAGUCAAGUCUGCAAAGCAGUGGAUACGGAAAGAUGAUUUUAUCGAGUUCGACUACACUGUCCUGCUCCACGAAAUUCCAACGCAGGAAAUUGUCUCGUGUCACAUGCGCCUCACUUGGCUUCCUGGUCACGCUCUGAAAGUGAAAUACUUCUGUUCUUCAGAGAAUCAGAGGCUCGAAGAUGGAUCUGGAAUGGAAUCUGGAUCAGCUGCUGGGAUUUUGGAUGAAAGGGGAGCAAAUUUUUAAGAGAGACUGUCAGCUUUGUGUAGAUGGAUUAAAUGAGAAAAUCCUUGUGUUAAUAGACCCAGAAUUGUGAUAGUUUUUCCAUACAAGUCGCACAACGGUGAAUUUGAACGCUUUCACUUGUCUGUUUUGUUCCAAAAUUAAUUCCUCUGACUUCUUAAACUGCAAGACUCGUAUGUUCUAGAGUUCUACCAAAAACUUCGCUACUACAUGUAUACACCGAUCAACAUACACAACUUGAUUUUAUGUCACUAAACUUAGAGUAACAUAGUUUGUAAACAAAGUUAAUAUAUUUGGAUAAAAAAAUCUUGAGAAAAGCAUGGAUCUGUCACUAAGAAAUAUUGGUCUACUAAUUUUUGGGGGAGGUAGAUACAUGCUGGGUUUUAACUUACAUCUCUAAUAAAACAAAUACCAUGGCGCAGGGUCGGGUUUUCUUUCCCGACGCUGCUGUUUGACCCCAACUUUCCAUCUUCUCCCAGUUUCUGGCCUUCCAAAGGACGCGGACGAGCGGAGGCAGCGACACGUCUCCAGCAAGGCAGCGCUCACCGGCACCCGCCCGUCCCUGGUCCCGCGGACGCGCCGCCGCUCCCUGCAGCGUGAGAUUGCCUUACAAAAUCAGAUUUUUCUCUCCUAUUUCUGAAAGGCAACUCAGAAAAUAUUGACAGAGGGGAAAAAAAAAGUGUUUUCUUGUCUCUGUUAGCAGUGCGGAACACUGCAAGGCAGUGUUUGUCAGAGGGAACUCAGGAUGUUGUCUUUGUCUAUUUGCAGUUCUUGCUGUUUUACCUGGAAGGAAAACAGAACAGCAGGCAGGAGGGCUCAGUGCAGAUGAAUUUCCACGUGUGGGUCUGGCGGGGAACAGCCGCUGCCAGGUACCGUCACACAGCUCCUCUGUUCACCACCGCCGGCCUGAACACCUCCAAGUCCGGUCGCAACAACACCUUUUUGUCCUUUCCCACCCAGCUCUCCAUUUGUAUUUCCAGCAGAGCCGCUGUCCUGCCGUUGUUCACGGACAUCGUGCCAGACUCUCUCGCAUUUCCCUUUUCUUUUUCCCCGUUAGCAAGAUUUCUGCUGGGGUAAAUUAACUCAAUAAUCGCCCCUUCCUCAGGAAAACAGGCGAUGGUCUCUGCACCCUGGGGUGCUUUUGUUAACUCGUGAUAUAUCGCGCUAUCAUUAAUCUGUAACCAGGAACAACAAUUAAGGUAUUCAACAUGAAAACUUUAAUUGGGGGAUAUUUGGGCUGGCUGAUCUAUUAACCCCCCAAAUUAAGGCGUUUUACACAAGUGUAUUUGUCUUUUUGCUGACUGAAGCUUUUUGUAUCAGCAACAUAACAGGCAUUACAAUAAAUUCAGUGAAGCAGCA